UGGCUGGUGUUUUGUCUCAUCGUGUCGACUGGCUUCAGGUCUUCUCUGAUCGCACAUCUUACAGUUCAAGGCAAAACUCAGCCUCCAAAAACAAUGAGAGACUUAGUGAAGGCAGACAAAUGGGAAUGGUCCACCGAACCUUGGUUGAAGAAAGGCGUGCCUAUCCAGUACUUCACGACACAUCCUGACCCUGUUGUUCAGGAAAUAUAUGCAAAGAUGCAGUGGCUGGAGUUGGAAAAAGCUGUACAGAAAGUAAUGAAAGGAAGAUUCUCGAUGAUCAUCUACGAAAAUUACAUAGCACCGAUCAUCGCGACCCGCUACACGGAUUUACGCGGACGCACUCCAUUCUACAUCAGCAAAGAAACCUUCCCUGUCAUGGCCUCUGUUGGGUGGAGUUUCAGGAAAGGUCUUCCAAUAUAUCGUCGCAUGAACGAAUUAAUGCAUAGCUUACGAGAUGCAGGCAUCAUCGCUCAAUGGACACAGGAAGUAAUGGCCAACAGAGUUAGAGCUGAAAAAGGGGAUAAAAAAAUUGAAUCUUUUGACGUCCUAAAUGAAAUUCAAAAGGAAUAUACCAGUGGAAUACCCCUCGGAGUUGGACACCUACAAGGAGCAUUCAUUCUUUUUAGUUUUGGUAGUGUAGUGGGUCUAUUAUCUUUCGUUAUGGAAUUUUUUUUUGCGUGAAAGCAGGAUCUUUGGUGAUGGAACAGCUGUAUGUAGAUGAGUAAUUUGUGCUGACUUUAUAGUAAAAUGCAAUAUAAAAAAGUGCAAAUUAUUUUCCGAAAUCUUGCUGUAUGGAUUUAUUGAAAAUAAUCUUACAAAACAAAAUUAUAUAUAAUAAAGCAUUUGCUAUGAACAGCA